ACCUCAGGCGCCUAUCUUUUUACCUCGGGUAUAACACAAAGCUUGUAACAGCCAGCCUUCCUACACCUAGGUAUCUCUCUUCACUGUUUCUACGCAGCCUAGCCUGCAAUAAUACCUAGGUACCUAGGUAAUUAUCCGACACACACACCCACAUACACCCACAUACACCCACAUACACACAUAUACACGCCGCACAAUGCGUACACUCCGGGCCGGCCUCAAGUUUCUCAGGAAGCUAUGGCCUCGAAAGACCCGUGCCGUCGUCACCGGUGCCGUCCCCUUCGACACGGCGGCAGCUCCCGAAGCGAACAAGGAAGCCCAGCCUUCGUCCAACCAGUACCAGUCGCCUACGCCUGUCCCUCCCCACCUCGAGGAGUGUCCCAUAUGCCACGACCCCGUCGGCAUCGCGAAUCCAGAGGGCAUCAUCGAGUCGUGGACCAAGCUCCACUGCGGCCACAAGUUCGGCACCCACUGCAUCCAGACCUGGCUGCAGGAGUCCAUCGACCGAGAUGAGCGGGCCAACCCGACCUGCCCCAUCUGCCGUACUACCGCCAAGCACCCGUGCGGCCAUCUCAUCAGCCCGCUCCCCUUGUUUUCAUCCAUGAGCUUCGCCGACAGCUACGAUUGGCGGCUCUCGCGACCGCCCCCCGCCUUCGCGCCCCUCCGACGCCGCCGCCGCCUCACCCGCCGCCCGGACCAUCCGCUGCGGCCCCCUGCCCCUCCUCGCCGCGCGGCACAGACGGUGGGCGAGUGUAGGACGUGCGUGGCCAACGCCGAGAUAAGAGCCCGCCUGCGCAGGGCCAGCGUAGGCCACGAACACUACCGUCAGCAAGAGGAGCAGCAACAGCAGCGAGAGCAAGAGCACGAGCGGAGGCGGCGGCAGCGACGGCAGAACACGGACGAGUCGACCGCUAGCACCGGGACCGCCCGGUCGACAGCGGCCGCCAUCAAGUCCCUCAUCCCAAGCCGCAAGAGGUCGGCGAGCUCGAGGGUCCGCACUACCAUCGUAGACAUGGACGAGGGGGGGCCGUCGCGAUCAAGCCAGCGUCACCCGAGCCAGGCCGGCUUUGGCGUCCUCUGCGAUGCUACUUCGAGGAUGCAGAUAUCACCCACUACUACAUCAGAGAUGAGUGCGAUGCUCCGAUCCGAGUCCCUGGACGAAGGGUACGACAGACGGUUGAGCCUGUAGGGGAGUCUU